AUGCGAGCAACUACAGCUCGUCUCUUUCAGAGCUUCCGGGCUCUGCAACAUGAGAACCCGCUGGGCCUCCCUCGAUCUGGAACGCCCCCAACUUGGGGUAAACGUCCAGUACGUCGCAAGAUCACAGGCGUUGAAAAGGUUAUUGCUGUAUCGUCUGCCAAAGGUGGUGUAGGCAAGAGUACAGUUGCAGCAAACCUGUCCCUGGCCUUUGCUCGCCUGGGCUUCCGUGCUGGUAUCCUAGAUACUGACAUCUUUGGCCCAUCGGUCCCGACCUUGUUUGACCUCUCAGGAGAACCAAGGUUAUCAAGCAAUAACCAAUUGGUUCCCCUUACAAACUAUGGAGUCAAGACAAUGUCUAUGGGCUAUCUUGUUGGCGAGAAUGCACCAGUUGUAUGGAGAGGUCCUAUGGUGAUGAAGGCUAUCCAACAACUUCUUCAUGAAGUCGAAUGGGGUGGUCUUGACGUCCUCGUCCUCGAUCUACCACCAGGAACAGGAGACACGCAGUUGACUAUCACGCAACAAGUCAUUCUAGAUGGCUCUGUCAUCGUAACUACGCCUCAUACUUUGGCCACCAAAGACGCCGUCAAGGGUAUCAACAUGUUCAAAACAGUCGACGUCAAUAUCCUUGGCGUGGUGCAAAACAUGUCUCUUUUCCAAUGCCCUCAUUGCCACGGAGAAACCAACAUAUUUGGUUCCAACGCGAGAGUGGAGAAGUUAUGCCAAGAGCACAAGAUCGACUUCUUGGGAGAUAUUCCCCUGCACCCCAACAUUGGAGACGAUGGGGACAGGGGAAAGCCAACAGUAGUGGCGGAACCUGAGAGCGAGAGGGCUGAAGCCUUUCUCAAGAUAGCGCAGGAUAUUUGUCCAAAGAUCGAGCUGAGCAGCAAGUAA